GACCCUCUCCACACCUUUAGUGACUAAUUAAUAAUUUUACAAAAUUUACAGAGGAAGGGUCAGAUUUCAAAGUGCAAGCUCAAGACAUAGUGCAUAUUUAAUUAAAUUCGUCGCUAAACCCCAACAUAUUGCAUUUGAGCAGUGCACGUAAUGCAGUACACAGCGUAAUACAGCUAGUUGGCGGAAUAAAAUAGAAUUUUAGUCGCGAACAAACCUUUAUUAAAUUAACUUCUAUACAUAUUACAAAAUACAAAGAAGAUGAAACAACCGGAUCCAGUGUUUGCAACCGCCUGCAUCUGGUCGCUGUUAAUAGUUUGCUCAAGUGCAGAAUUAAAUUUGGAUAAAAUCGACUUGCAAAGCCAACUGCCUGAAGAUAUUGCCAAAUCCAAUUACAGCUACAGCGACUUCAAGGAACUGUUCCGCAACAAAUGCACCGAAGUCACCGGCAGAGAAUCUGAUGGAGAUUUGGCGUACACGGAAAUCGAAUUGGCUUUCGGUGCGCUCACCGAAUGCAUGAAUUCGCUGGUGAAUGUUACGGCGCUGCAACAGGAGAUUCAGGAGGCGAGUCCUCUCGGUGAACUCGAUGUGGUGUUCAAUAAGUAUUGCAAGAAGCGUUCGAAUGCCACCGAAUGCUUUGAUGCAUUCACCGACAAGCUGCUGCCAUGCUUGCAUCCCGAGGAGCAGGAAAGCCAGCAGGAAAUCAAACGGAUUGUCCAGAGUUUGUUGAAUUUCGUUUGUCACAAGGAUGGCGAUCAGAUUGCCUUGUUCAUUGCCGAGGAGGGUCCCGAGUGCCUCGGAUCGCAGCGGGAUAACAUUGAGCAGUGCUGGAAUAGCACAUUAUCCACGUUCGUUAACAAUCCGGAUAUACGCGAGAAUAAUAAGAUUAAGAAAUUGCCUAAAUUGGUUGUGGGCGAGACGGAAUGCGCUGACAUCCGUAACUUAGAGCUGUGCGUUGUCCGCCACUUGGAGCACUGUACAAAAAUCACGCCUGCCAAUCUAAUUGAGUCCAUGUUCAAUUUCAUACGCAACGAGACGGUUUGUCGCAAAUAUCAUACACUACCACUUAUUAGCGAUCGUGCUAGUAAUGUGUUCCUGGAUACCUCACCGAAUCUCAUGUUUUCCCUCUUCACAUUUAUUUUACACAAACUGUAUUAUUUUUAAAGAUGAACUUCAUUCGACUUGUUGGGUUCAUUACAUUAUAUUUAUCUCAUCGUGUUAUGAAUGCUGAUGGCAGCCAAUCAUUAAUUUACUAUACUUAUAAACUUAUCUAAUUAUGCAUACUACUCUAUAAAUUAAGUACAACAGCAGUAUAAACGAAUUAAUGGUAUUCAUUGCUCUUUUAUAUCACAUAUCUCUUUGGUCUAAACAAUAGAAUCCCUCUAGUUAUUCUGUCAUUAUAAAUUUAUUAUGGUAAUCUCUUAUUAUAUAUGUAUGUAUUUCCAACUAAAAUGAAAUCUCAUAGAUGGGACGGACUGGUUAAAAAAUGUAUCAUUUUUAUGAAUCUCAAAAUGCAAAUAUAUGUAAAUGAACACAACAAAGCAAAAAAAAGCAAACAUACAAACAAAAACAAA